AUGUCAAGUAGUCCGCCAUUCUCCACCACGCUCUUGAAAGUGAAGCCCGAGUGCAUCCAUUUCGCGAAAGACCAGCCACUACCAACAAUCACCGAUGAAGAGACGGAGCGCAAUUUGAAGAUUGCCGCACACGAGCUUUUGACCACCACCAAUGCCAUUGGCUUCCCCACGGAGACAGUUUAUGGGCUAGGUGGCUCGGCCCUAUGUGACGAGUCGGUGAAGUCCAUCUACCGGGCAAAGUCGCGACCGGCAGAUAACCCCUUGAUCACCCACGUUUCGUCGAUUUCCCAGCUCCAACGCAAGCUCCUACCCGCAGGCUAUGAGAUCCCCACUAUUUACCACAAGCUCAUUGACCAUUUCUGGCCUGGUCCGUUGACGAUCCUCUUUCCCAACGUGGCGCCGUCGCCCAUAUCGUCGUACGUAACCGCGAACCAAGACACGUUUGCCGUGCGCAUGCCCCAGCACCCCGUGGCGAGGGCGUUGAUUGCGCUCAGCGACUUGCCCUUGGCGGCACCACUGGCGAACUCGUCGACCAAGCCCAGUCCGACGAUGGCGCAGCACGUGAUGCACGAUCUACUGGGCAAGAUCCCGCUCGUGUUGGACGGGGGCUCUUGUGCCGUUGGAGUUGAGUCGACCGUGGUGGAUGGGUUGAGCUCGCCUCCUGUGCUCUUGAGGCCCGGCGGAGUGUCGCUCGAGGAGUUGAAACGCGUGGGUGGAGACGAGUGGAAAGACGUGGUGGUUGCUAAACGCACCGCGGGCGACGACGAGAAGGUCAAGACCCCCGGAAUGAAGUACAAGCACUACUCGCCCAAGGCCAAGGUUGUCUUGUUGAUCAACUGUGGAGACGGCAACGAGGCUGUUGCAGAGUAUAUCAGGGAAAAUGGAGUGGAUGUGGAAGCAAUAAGGAUCGCAUUGUUAAAGUCGCGAAAGUUUACAGAGUCGCCGUUGGUUCAUGUCACGCGAGAUUUGGGCUCCAGCGGCGCGGCCAUAGCAAGGAACUUGUUCAAGUGUUUGAGAGAGGUCGACGAGCAGGAAAAAGUCGACUUGAUCUUUGUUGAAGGUGUCGACGAGAGCGACGAAGGUUUGGCUAUUAUGAACCGGUUGAGCAAAGCCGCCAUGGAAGUGAUCCAGAGGUAA